AUGAGAAACUACAAACGGAAAACCGAACGAGGCAAAGUUUCGAUUGACUUGCUGCAGCGGGCAGCUGAUGCUGUUAUUAGAGAUGGUCGUAAGCUUAAGACGGUCGCUCGAGAACUGGAAAUAUGCCACAUGACGUUAUUUCGUUAUGUCAAAAAGUUGAAGGCCGGUUUAACACCCACUGUAGGCUAUUAUUCCAGACAGGUGUUCAACCAUGACCAGGAGAAGACAUUAGCCGAGUAUUUGUUGAAGUGUGCUUCAAUCUACUUUGGCCUCUUGCCAGAAGAAGUAAGGAAAUUGGCAUAUACUUGUGCUAUUAAAUUUGACAUGCAUAACAUUCCUGCCUCUUGA